AUGGCACACGUCGAUGUCCCGUCCACCCAAAAGGCCUUCGUGCCACUAGAAAACAACCCCGAAGUAAUGUCACACCUAGUGCACCAACUUGGCCUCGCUUCAACUAUCGGCUUCACCGAUGUAUUCUCCAUUGAUGAGCCCGACCUCCUCGCCUUCGUUCCCCGCCCUUCCCAGGCCCUCCUCCUCGUCUUCCCCGUCUCCCAAACCUACGAAGCCUCCCGCGAAAGCGAAGACGCUUCUAAACCUACCUACACAGGCUCUGGUCCCUCCGAACCCGUGAUGUGGUUCAAGCAAACGAUCCGGAACGCAUGCGGGCUGAUCGGGCUUCUACACGCGGUCUCGAACGGUGAGGCUCGGAAACAUGUCAUCGCCGGCUCGGAUUUGGAUACGUUGCUCCAGGAAGCGGAGGGAUUGGAGCCGGUAAAGCGCGCUGAUCUACUGUACGAUAGUAAGGCGUUGGAGAGUGCGCAUGCUGAUGCAGCGAAACUGGGGGAUACAGCUGCGCCGGAGGCGGAGGAUAAUGUUGAUUUGCAUUUUGUUGCUUUUGUUCGCGGGCUUGAUGGGACGCUUUGGGAGUUGGAUGGGAGGAGGAAGGGACCUUUGGCUAGGGGUGUUUUGAAGGAAGAUGAGGAUGCACUUAGUGAGGCUGCGUUGGAGUUGGGGGUUAGGAGGUUCUUGAAGAUGGAGGCCCAGGGAGGCAAUCCUGAUUUGAGGUUUAGUUUAGUUAGCUUGGGACCUUUGUUUGAUUAA